UGGAGAAAACUGCAGCCUGUAUGAAUGCGAGUACUUUCAAACAUAGACAGUGUCAUACUCUGCAAGGGAGCAGGUUCAGGAUUUGGGAGCAGUUGUGCAGAGGUGUCAGGUUCUGGCUUAAAGUUGUGUUUUGUCUGCGUGUCUUUCCUUUUUGAAAACAUCAAGAAACAAAAGGUGGAGUCCCAGGUUGAUGAAAUAAAAACAGUUCUUUAUUAAUUUCUUUAAAAGUUAAGUUCAAGUGAGACACAGCUCACACGGUCACAAAAUCAGCCAAAAAAGUGUGGAGAAAUGAGCGUAGCACCAAUGGCUUACAUGUUUCGGCUGAAUGCCGUAAUCAUAGCCUAAGGUGCUACACCUGAGUGAUCUUUAAGAAAGGUAAAAGACAAUCUGGUUGGCUAAAACACUACAAGGAUUAAAAAUGUACGCCCAUUUAAACACGUCUAGCAUGCACAUUGAAGUUAACCCUAUGUAUGCCAUAAUAUGUUAAAGCAAGAGUUGUUAGAUGAUAGAAAGUAUGAAGAAAUGUGGGAUGUAAAGGUGUAUAAGAAGAGGUUAUGAAAAAAUGGUGAAAAAGAAUAGUGAAGAAGAAAGGGAAAAGAGGCUAGAGAGCAACCGCACGGCACAUUAUCUCUGAAAAAGACAGACAGCGUGGAUUUUACUGGCAUCUUAGGCUGGGUCCCACAGACGGUGUAAAAGUUCCACUGAAAAAGAGUGCUAUGAUGCUUCAGGAUCACAACAGUUGCUUAUGAAAAGGGAUCGUUGAGGAUGAAAUCCGUUUGUCGCGUUUUACGAAGAUGUCUUCUGAAGUUUGGUGAGGAUUGGAUCUUUCUGUUCUUAUUGGGGAUCAGCAUGGCAACCAUAAGCUUUGGAUUGGAUGUCACCAUUGCAAAGUUACAGAGAUUCAAUCUCUGGUUGUACGACAAACUGGAUCAGUACAGAUAUCUGCAGUAUUUCUCCUGGGUUCUUUUCCACGUACUGCUUAUGUGUGUGUCAGCAGGUGUUGCAAAAUACAUCUCUCCCCAAGCUGCAGGAUCUGGAAUCCCAGAGUUGAAAGUUACAUUGCGAGGUGUUGUUUUAGAAGAAUUUUUUACCUUCCGCACAUUUAUUGCGAAAUUAAUUGGUGUAACUUGCACCCUCGCUGCUGGCAACACUAUAUUCCUUGGCAAAGUGGGACCCUUUGUUCACAUGGCAACCAUACUUGCUACAAUUCUAGGGAAAGCCAUGAUAAGAGUUGUAGGUGCAAAAGAGAAUCAGAGUCGGAAGUACGAGCUCUUAAUCGCUGGUGCAGCAGUGGGUGUGGCCUGCUGCUUUGUGGCUCCUGUUGGGGGUGUCCUAUUCAGUGUGGAGGCAACAGCCACCCAUUUCGCUGUGCGUAAUUACUGGCGAGGAUUUUUUGCUGCAACCUGUGCUGCUUUAAUGUUUCGUCUACUCGCUGUGAUCAAUAGUGAAAGAGAAACUGUUGCAAUUCUCUUCAAUACAAACUGGCGAGUGGAAUUUCCUUUUGACCUUCCAGAAUAUCUGUCUUAUGCGCUCUUAGGAGUGGUUUGUGGAUGUGUGUGCUGUGUCUACCUCUAUAUCCAUCGUGUUACUCUGCUGUUUAUCAAUCACAACAAGCGGAUCGGCAAUCUUUUGAGGAAUAAUAAAAUUAUCUAUGCUGCUUUUGUUGCCCUGAUCUUGGCCAGUAUGACCUUUCCACAUGGACUUGGACAAUACAUGGGAGGCACACGGCUGACAAUGAAGGAACAUUUAGAAACCUUUUUCAACAAUGUCACUUGGGGAGUAGAAGAACUGAGGAUAAAUGCGAAUGUCUCACGCCAGCCUCCCAAUCCCACCUACGACAAUAGCUUUCUACAGUGGACACACCCUCACAUGUCAGCUGUGGAAAAACUUGCAUGCUUUUUGGUUCUAAAGUUUUUUAUGUUGCUUUUUGCAAACACCAUGAUUAUACCAGCUGGAUACUUCCUUCCUGUAUUUGUAUAUGGUGCUGGUUUAGGGAGACUCUAUGGAGAAAUAAUGGCAAAAAUUUUCCCUGACGGAUUUUUCUCUGAAGGAAUGCCUGUGAAGAUUACCCCUGCCGGAUAUGCAUUAGCAGGUGCUGCAGCUUAUUCUGGAGCAGUGACACAAACCUUGUCCACAGCCCUUCUGGUAUUUGAGCUCACAGGGCAGAUGUCACAUAUCCUCCCUGUCCUAAUAGCUGUAUUAAUUGCAAAUGCCAUCAGUCAGAGCUUCCAGAACUCCUUCUUUGACCUUAUCAUCAUUAUCAAGAAACUUCCAUAUCUUCCAAAAUUAAUCAUGGGCAAGAACUGUGCCCACGAUAUCUGCGCUGAGGACUUCAUGGUGACAGACUUACGCUAUUUGGUGAAAGGAUUUAAAUACAAGGAUGUUCGGAACCUUCUUAAGACAUCUGAGCACAAGCAAUUCCCUAUUGUGGACUCAGAAGACUCUAAGAUUCUCCUGGGUUCUGUCAGUCGGAAAGUACUGAGUAAGAUACUAUCAGAUCAGCUCAGCACAGAACGAAGAAUGGAGUUUAUGCUCGACCAAACCGGAGGCAAUAUGGACAAUAACUUAACAAUAACUUCUAUGGAUGAUGGAUCCAGACGAAGACUGUCGAGGACAGAGUCGGAAAAUACAGAAACAAUAUACAGUACACAGGAAACUAUCGUAUGUGAGAGUGAAGAGACACCAAAGGAGCGGCCAGAGGGACGGAGAAGGAGAUCAAGCAGGUUCCGAAGCAAGUAUCUAAAAAUGGUGGAAGAGUGGGAGUGCAAACAACUUAAUGAGAUUGUCCCAAUGGAGGAUUUAAACAUUGAUCCAGAACCAUACAGACUGAUGGAAAAACAGACACUUUAUCAGUGCUAUGAUUUGUUUAAUCUGUUGGGUCUUCGCAAGGCCUAUGUCACGGGUACAGGACGUCUUGUUGGAGUAGUCUCCUUGACUGAGGUGAAAGAUGCCGUGGAUGGGACGGUAAAGGGGACAUUCACCCCAAAGAGACCACCUAAAAUCGAAGACAGCAAUGAAGAGACCAUAUCCCUGAAUCCUCUAACUCCUGUCCCCUCUAAAGUAACCAUUGCAUGACAACCUUGCUCCAGUUUAACUGAACUUUAAGACAUCUAAAUCCAACUAGGGUAGUUAAUUUAACAAUAACCCAUUAGAAGUGGUGAACUUCAUUGGAUUAAAAUUUUUUAAAAAGAUAUUACCUUCAAAAAAGGGCUUAUAUCCACCAAACUUGAUUUAUAGGUUGGAUUUAGAAGAGUGGACCAGGCAGAUGCCUAGACUAAUUGUUCAGUAACUUUGUAUUAUUUCCUGACAUUUCUUCACUUAACAAUUCCCUUUAAAUUACUCUCUCAUUUAGGGCUAGAUUAAAAGUGGAGCGCUAAAUUAUUGCGCUCCCGCAAACGGGCAAAUCUGCCCAUUUGUAGGAGCGCAAUAAUUAAUCAGUCAUUACAAGUGGCUGGUUAUUGCUACCGCAAGCUUGCGGUAGCAAUUAGCGCUCUGAAAAUUAACCAGAGAUUAGAUCUCUGAUUAAUUUUCUGCCCCAAAUGCCCUAAAAAUAGAGGGCAUUGUAGUUUUUUAUAAAAACAUAGAUUUUUUUUUUUUUUAAAUUAAAAACAACUGCACUAGGCAGUUUUGGGGUCUAAAGUUGGUGUAAGUGUGGUGUUGAAAAGUGCCUUUACAUUGAGAUCUAUAAUACACCUAUUAACAUAUAAACAUAUAGGUUUAUAAUUAUAUACAAAUAUAUAUAUAUAUAAAAAUGCUGCCCAUCGCUGAGUGAGGAGCCUAUGGAAGUGCCCAUCGCUGAGUGAGGAGCCUAUGGAAGUGCCCAUCGCUGAGUGAGGAGCCUAUGGAAGUGCCCAUCGCUGAGUGAGGAGCCUAUGGAAGUGCCCAUCGCUGAGUGAGGAGCCUAUGGAAGUGUGCUUUUGUGAGCGCAAUGCUUCCUAGCAAUGUGAAUGUGAUCUCGUGUUGACAUUGCAUUUAACUGGUAAUACCAGCGCACAUUAUCGUGUGCUGGUGUUACAAAGUGGAGCGCUAAUAUCACUUGAUCGCAAGCGAUAUUUAGCGCUCCACUUGUAAUCUGGCCCUUAGUCAUUUAGUCACACACAGUGUUCUUCACAAAAAGAAUUGCCAGCCAUGUGUCAUUAUCAAGUAGCUGUGUGGCAUUAUAAAAUAGCCAGGUGGGGACAGUGUAAUAUUUUCUAAUCUUAUAUCAUUUUCAGAUAUCAAAAGCACAAAUGAAUCGCAUAAUUUAACAUAAAUGUAAUUAAUGAUGAUGUGCAAUAACAAUUUAAAAAUGUUAUCAUCAGCUAAUUUUAGCUUAAUAUUGGCUAACAUUUAAGCCGGGUGGUCAGUAAAAUCAGCCGGGUGGUGUACCCGCUUUAAAGGUCCUGUGAAGAACACUGACACAUUUUCUCUGUAUAAAUGUGUGCUAUCAUCCCAUGUAACUUAUAGGUCCAAUAAUGAUGUAUAUAAUUCAUAUUUUUGAUCCAAAGCCUUUUUUGUAAAUGAUCCAGUUACUUUAUACAGUUCCACCCUAUAAUUCAGGUGUGCCCAAAGGGUAGGUGGGAUCUACCAGUAGAUGUCUAAGUGCUGAUCAGUAGGUCACAAGACUGUUGUGUGAUUCUCCCUUUUCCCUCUCAGUCAGUAUUCCUAAAAAGGGCUCAAAUUAAAAAUGUAUUUUGCACAAGUAUUCUACAAAACUACCUGGGCCUUAAAGGGACAUGAAACCCAAUUUUUUUUUUCAUGAUUCAGAUAGAUUAUACAUUUUUAAACAACUUUCUAGUUUACUUCUGUUAUCAAUUUUGCUUCAUUCUCCUGGUAUCUUUUAUCGAAUAAGCAGCAAUGCAUUCCUGUGUGCUAGCUGAACACAUUUGUAAACCAAUGAAAAUGGACAUACAAGUUCAGCCACCAAUCAGCAGCUAGCUUCAAGCUCAUAAGCCUAUCUAGAUAUGCUUUUCAACAAAGGAUGCCAAGAGAAUUAAGCACAUUAGAUAAUAGAAGUAAAUUGGAAAGGAAAGUUGUUUAAAAUUGUAUGCUCUAUCUAAAUCAUGAAGAUAGAAUUUGGGUUUCAUCUCCCUUUAAUUUAAAAAGAGUGAUUCAGUACUAUAUUAUUAUUAACUGUGUUAAAUGACAAUAAAGUUCACAUCCAAGCUAUUAAUGUUCAGUAUAUACAUAAUUACAUCACUGUAACAAACUUCACAAAAAGUAGAUCCCAUCUCACUAAAGCAAAGACACCCUGGCUAUAAUUUAUCCUAUAGUUGUAGAAAUCACAUCCCUUUAAAACCUCUAAAAUGUUCCUUUCAGUCUUUCCUUUAUAACACCUCUUUUUGCAUUGUAUAACCAUUAAACUUUCUUAUUAUUCCAUCUGUUUAUCUAUAAUUACUUCUAGUGCACUGUAUUACAUAUACUAUUGUAAUACAUAUUGUUUAACUUAUAGGGACACUGAACCCAAUUUUUAUUUUGCAAUUCAGAUAGAGCAUGCAAUUUUAAGCAACUUUCUCAUUUACUCCUAUUAUCAAUUUUUCUUUGUUCUCUUGCUAUCUUUAUUUGAAAAAGAAGGCAUCUAAGCUUUUUUAUUAGUUCAGCACUCAGGACAGCACUUUUUUUAUUGGUGGAUGAAUUUAUCUACCAAUCAGCAAGAACAACCCAGGUUGUUCACCAAAAAUGGUCCGGCAUCUAAACUUACAUUCUUGCAUUUCAAAUAAAGAUACCAAGAGAAUGAAGAAAAUUUGAUACUAGGAGUAUUAGAAUUAGAAAAUUACUUAAAAUUUCAUGCUCUAUCUGAAUCACAAAAUAAAAAAAUUGGGUUCAGUGUCCCUUUAGUAUCUUUAUUUGAAAUGCAAGAAUGUGAGUUUAGAUGUCGGCCCAUUUUUGGUGAACAACCUGUGUUCUUCUUGCUGAUUGGUGGAUAAAUUCACUCACCAAUAAACAAGUGUUGUCCAGAGUUCUGAACAAAAAAAAUAGCUUAGAUGCCUUCUUUUUCAAAUAACGAUAGCAAGAGAAUGAAGAAAGUUUGAUUAUAGGAGUAAAUUAUAAAGUUGUUUAAAAUUGCAUGCUCUAUCUGAAUCACAAAAGAAAAAAAUUGGGUUCAGUGUCCCUUUAAUUACCUUCCUAAAACCUCUGCAUAAAAUGCAUCCUUACUGAUUUAACAUGUUCCUAUAACACCUAGGUCUCUCUAUAACUCAGUUUGUUAUUCUGUAUAUCAAAUCAUUAAAAAUCAUUUACUCUAUAUCACAUGUCCAUACAAAAAUCUUAUAAAAUGAAGAAAAAAGAAAUGUUGCAUCUUAUUUAAGAUAGUUGCAGUUAGUUUAUAUUGUUUAUUUAUUAUUAUUGAUAUGAACAUACAGAUGAGCACUUUAACCCUUUAAGGACACAGCUUUCAGUUUGCUCAAUUGUUUUAUGACGGAAAAAUUCCAUCAUAUGUCCUUAAGAGGUUAAACAAGAUGCCAUAUCUUUUGAAAGAUUAUUGUAUAAAGUGCUAUGUCAAAACUUAAAUUAUCCACAAAAAUGUGUUUUUUUUUAUCUUUAUUUAAAUGAAUGUUUACAGACUGCAACUCCAGAUCAGACAAGCUCUGUAAAAUAUUUAUAUCUAAUUGUUUGUAACAUAAUCUUAAAUGUUUUAAUAAAGAAGCAUUGUUGAAUAAA